CACUUCUCCCGGAACUGGUGCGGAACUGUCAAUUUUUAUUUUGACAGUUUAGUUUAAAAAAAAGUGUUAUUUAAACGCCCGAAAAUGAGCGUCGAAUCUCAAUAUUACCCCGACGGAGACAAUGAGAAACGCAAGCGGAUGUCAACCGGCCUCCAAGUCAACUGCCCCCACAGUCUCAGACUUGCGAUUCAGUCAGCUUACGAGUUCGGUUACCAUUUCCUAGUGACUCAAAUAACGCACCCUAACUACGCUCGUGACCUCCUCCACGGGAAGCCCCCGCCAGCAAUCGGCCGCACCGAUCGCAUUUUGCAAAGUCUCGAAUGGGGGCGCUAUAUCGUUGCCGAACUCACGCCAACCAUUAACGUGGACAGCGAAAUUGAACUUGUGCAAAGAAAAAGCAAAGCCCUAUUUUUGCAAGAGUUGGGUUUUGCGGUUCAUUUGGGAGUCCCUGUUAUAAAAUUCGCCCUAACUAAGCGAAACAACGCGCAAUUGGGGCGUCUUCUCAAUGAGAAGCUUGUGAACGGGUUCACGUCCAGUUUUUGGGUCACUGUACCCAUGGUGCACCCGUCGCAAUACAGCCCCAUUUGUGGCGACGACGAGAAGGAGGAUUCCUGGGAGUGGUGGAACGAUUUUAGGACUUACUGUAAUUAUGAUAAACACGUAGGGCUAGUUUUGGAGUUACCUGAAGUUAGACAUAUUCCUUCACAAAGUGAGAUCAAUAGAUGGAUUGGGGAGCCGGUCAAAGCCCUAAUUAUCCCCACGAAUUACUUUAUUUUAAACAAUCACGGGAAACCUGUCUUGUCUCGCGCCCACCAGGACAUAAUUCAACGUUUUUUAACCAUAGACGUCCAAUAUAUCAUCAAAUCGGACUCCGAGGGCGACUUAUCCCUCUACACUAAAUAUCUACAUUUCUUGGGGAAAAAACUGUACGUUGGUGACUCCAAUCUCGAUUUUAUUCAAGGCUGUGAAGACUUCCUGCAAAACCCCCUGCAGCCCCUCACCGAGCACCUUGAAACCAACAUUUACGAAGUGUUCGAAAAAGACCAAAUCAAGUACACGACAUAUCAGAACGCCAUCCAGAAAGCCCUCGAAGACGUGCCUCAAGACGUCGCUCUCCCCGUCAUCAUGGUCGUGGGAGCAGGCCGAGGCCCCCUCGUCCAAGCCGCCCUCAACGUCUCGUACAUCCUCCACCGCAAAGUGAAAGUCUACGCUGUCGAGAAGAAUCCCUACGCCAUUAACACCCUCAUAGACCGAGUGAACCACGAGUGGAACGGCCAAGUCACUCUCAUAAACGAAGACAUGCGUGUGUAUGAGCCCCCGGAGAAGGCCGAUAUUCUGGUGUCGGAAUUGUUGGGGUCGUUUGGGGAUAAUGAACUCUCGCCGGAGUGUCUCGAUGGGGCGCAAAGGUUCCUCAAAAGGGAGGGGAUCUCGAUUCCGUGUUCGUACACGUCGUAUUUGGCGCCCCUUCAAAGCAUCAAGAUUUUUAACGAGAUUAGGAAUAAUCGGCCGGCGGAUAAGACACUGAAAACGUGUUAUGAGACACCAUAUGUGAUUCAUUUGGUCAAUUAUUACCAAAUAGCCCCCGCACAGGCUUUGUUCAGAUUUGAACACCCCAAUUGGAAUGAGGUGAUAAAUAAUGAGAGGUAUAAAAAAUUGAGGUUUAAUUGCGAGCAGAGUUGCAUUUUGACGGGUUUCGUUGGGUUUUUUGAUACUGUUUUGUACAAGGAUGUGAUGUUGAGUAUCCACCCAGAAACACACACCCAUGAGAUGGUCAGUUGGUUCCCAAUUGUGUUCCCAUUGAUGGAACCAAUAAAAGUUGAAGCUGGGAGCGUCAUAGAAAUCUCAUUUUGGAGAGUCGAAAAUGCCGAUAAGGUGUGGUAUGAAUGGUGUCUUGAAAAACCGCUCAAAGGUUGCAUAAUGAAUCCAGCAGGACGGUCAUAUUUUAUUAAAAAACAUUAGUUUUUGAUUAUUUUUUAUAUAGAAAAAAAUCACAACAAUUGAAACCGAAA